GUGACUGGACCGGAGUAUCAGCAGGUACAGUGUGUUUAUGAUAAAAACGGCGUAAAGUCUGUGAUGGAGGUGGCACAUUCUGCCCCGGAGGCUUUCUCUAACAGCGCGAGGACAAGAAACCUGCUUCCUCUAAGCCAACUGGUAGAGGACACCCGAAAAAGUGCAAACGUCCCCCAUCACCUGCUUGAAACCAGGGUGUUCGCAAAAUUGAAGAGCAACAGUGUAGUUCAAGCCGAGCCAUCAGAACUGCAUUUCAGUGGAUUUGAAGUAGGGAAGAAUUACAAGAAGAUCUUGAAACUUGUCAACAUCUCUUCGGAUGUGCUCAGUGUUCACAUUCUGCCCCCUCAGACAAAGAGUUUUCAAAUUAAGUACACAAAAAAGUGCCGACUGGUCCCGGGUCUCGCGUACACCAUUACAGUGAACUUUCAUCCGGACGAAUGGCGCUAUUUUUGUGAUGACAUUAGAAUUCACUGUGAGGCAGAGGAGAACUUACUAGUUCCUGUUCACGCGUACCCUGUUAUCAAUGACCUUCAUAUUCCAUCUCAUAUUAGUUUACCACCCGUGCCACUUGGACAGAGCAUCAGUCAUGUGAUUCCACUUAAAUGCAGUUGUCCGAUAGACUUUGAGUUCCAAGUGCAUUGUCUUCAACCACAUGAGGCCUUUACUGUAAGACCACUAUCAGGCAUCAUUCCGGCAAACGGAAAGACGGAGUUAAGAGUGACUUUUACACCUGUGAGAUAUUGUACAGCUGACAUUACACUGCAACUGGUUAUCUCUCAAUUCAACUCUAAACCUGUUGUCUGGACAGUAACAGGUUCCUCUUCUCCAUACCUGCCGGCCAGUAAAAAAGAUGGAGAUUGUGAGGAUGAUGUUUUGGUUGGAGAGCAAAAGACUGUUGAUGGAAAAACAUUGGGAUCUCAACAUAGACCUAAAAUGCUUCUAUCCUUGCCUAAGGGUGUUGACAAGAAAAGAAAAGGCGAUGCACAGCUUCAGAUCUCCAACACACAUGUGCCCACAAAUGCAGACCUGACCAAGAAGAUGAAGGAAAGCACAUUUUUAAAGAAUGCGAAACAAAAGAAGAGAGACGAUCUGAACCGCUGGAAGGCUGAUGUGGGUAAUGACAAGUUUAAAAUUCCGAAAGUGCAAGAAGAGGCAGAUGGUGAAUUUAAACAAAAGUAUAGUGCUAAAUCAGUAGCCAUUUCAAAAUCCUCAUCAAAACGUUCUUCACGAAGAGUUUUGAGAAAUGCAGGACAGCUCCCAGAAUCUACUGGCCAGCUAAAGGUCAGAUCGAAAGCUCUCAGACUCUUCCAGCAAGCUGUUCGUAAGGUGGUUCGUCAAUGUCGUAUGAACAAGAGACUUCAGGCAGACAAAGAAUCUGAUGAGCAACUUUUAAAGCUGACACCAGAAAAGCUUCUUCCCUACUGCUUUCCUACAUUUACUGAAGACCAACCUGAUGAACUUGCUGUGAAUGCUAUGGGUCGUGUUCCAGUAAGACCGCCUGUACUGGAUAGGAAACCCAGCACUCCAAUAUUCGAUCUAAAGGUUCCCCAGUAUUACAGAAUUAUGGGCUAUCAGCCAGUAUCCGUCUACGAUGCUGCAGCAAACUUCAUUCCGUCUAACCUGAUGAGAACAUUACGCACUGGAGCGGAGGAUGAGCUUUUGCCAGUGCUGGCUUGUACAUCUGCAGAUCUCAGUGAGGAUGAGCCGGACCGGAACGUAGAGGAACAUGAGGGAUCAAAUCAGGAUUUAUAUUCCAGUCUAAGUUUCUGUGCCCCUGAAGCAUUACUGAAACCCCCAAAUGCCCAUCCUCUCCAGAUUUUUAAUCCUGCACCCAACGUUUAUGCUUUUAAACCGGCUCCGCUGUACCUGGAAUGUGAUCUAGACUUUCACCUUUGCCCGCUGCCACGAUACACGUCGAAGAGUAUGUAUGCCCCUUCAACACAGAAGAAGUUUCUAGAUAGAAAGGAUGUAAUCAAAGGGGUUAUGACAUGGAAGAAUUUUCCUUCGACAUCUUUGAAGAUUUUAUCCAGUAUGUCAACCCUCACAGGAGACCACGUCUCGCACAUGUCUGACCCCUUCACAAACAUAUUGCUUCCUACGGAGGCUCCGCCCGCCCUUCAGGAUCUCCCCGACAGCAUCAGAGAUGAAAUUCAACCUGGAUUGUCAGAUGGCUCAGACCUCCGUCUCACUCCUGAAAUGGUCGAAGCGGAGUUUGGAUCGUCUGGGAGAUCUUCGGCAACAUCUCUGAGAGAGGAUGAAGACGAUGGAACUCCAACACCAAAAACAUCAGCAACUACCAGCAGAGAGCAAUGUGAGCUGCCACUGGAGUCCGACCACAUCAUCAGACUGGGAACAAAAGUUAUGCAAAGUUUGAAACAAUUAAAAUCUUUAGGCAGGACCAGCAGCCCCUCAUCUCAUGAGAAUAAAUAGGAUUCUUAUUUUAUAUCUUAUUUUUUUUUAAGAAAGUCAAUAAUAGCCUUGAAGCAAACGGCAUCAGAUCAUGCAAACAAACAGGCUGUAGUAAAUAACAAUGACCACCAGAUGGCAGUCAAUGACUGUAACAUGAUCGGCAACAAUACCCUUAAAAAACGCACAGAACCUUCUCUUUCUUUUGUUUUUUGUUAUUAUUCGUUUUGUACCUUUUUUAUUCAAAUGAUUAAACAGUUUUUUUCAGUUUUCCUUACCAACUUUUUUUCAGUUUUCCCUAACAACCUGCUUCAGUUUUUUCGUUUUUCUUCUCCUGCAACCCUGACUGAAGAUCCCGUUUAUAUUUAAUUUCUAAAUUAUUUUUUUAGAAAAAAAUGUUUUAAUAUGGUCUUAUAUUUUUGGACCUCACUUUAUGUUCUUACCAGAUACUGUAUCUGAGAUACAUGCACACCAAAGUACCACAACAUAAUUCAGCACUUUCAUGUGUUACAGUCGUCGUUUGAGAUUAUAUUUAGUACAGAACUUUGAGCUGAUGGAGUUUAAUAAUGAAGUUAAGGAUCAAAGAUAAGAAUCAAAGACACAAGAUGCAAAAGGCCAUUCUGGUGUCCCCCCCGGCAAAUGUCAGGCCAGCCUGCUCUGUCUGCAUCCAACAAUUUUCUGCCCGGCUCUCACUGACAAAUUUGCCUCCCAGUAGCAAACACAUGCUUUAUUCCUGUCUCCGGGGGAAUAAAGAGGAAAGGCAGCCUCAUUAUCACCUUGUAUUGCAGGAAGUUCGUGGUUUGUUGACAUUUGCAUUCUAAUCGAGUCUUAAAAUUGCAUCUCAACAUUUCUGAAAAAAAAACAGUGCUCCAAAAUUUGCUGCCACUGUCCCUCAUAGUUGGAGGGUAUUUUGGGGGGUGGUCAUGGACCAAAAGAGCCCACACCCAAGGUAUUCUGAUUUCCUCUUGCUCAUAUUAACUUCUGUUCUCAGCUCUUUUAUAUUAUAAUAUCUUUUUUAUUAUUAUAUUUAUUUAAAAGAUUUAGCAUAUUUUUUAUACUGAAAUGUAAAGAAUACUCUGCACUGUAGAACUAAUUGGAACUGAAUUGUGUAAUAAACUGUACAAAAUAACUUUUCUCUUA